UUUACCUUUCGAAAAAAAAAAGAACUAAAAUCAAAGUUUUUUGCAUGAAAAUUAUUUGCAUGAUUUCCUCUAACUCCAAAAAUUUUGUAAAGCGAUAACGAAAAAAAUAUUGAAAUUAAAAGUUUUUAUGUCAAGUAGGUUUAAGCGCGCCAACACAAACUACAGAUUGUAAACGUUGAUUCAAUACCAACCAAAAGAAUGUGUAUGAAUAUUUUAAGAACCGAAAUAGUAUCGACAGAUGGUCAUAACUAUGCAUUUCGAAAGUCAAUUGCUAGAUGGCGCCACGUUUUGCGGGUUUGUUUUUAUGCUAAGCGCACCACGCAUGCGCGCACCGAAAUAGUAUUGCGAUGAUCACCUUCACCUAGGAGAAACUGACAUUGUUCGUUAUAUUCGAAAUCAGCAUGCCGUCGUUCUUGUGGCAUCGCUAACCUUUUACUUUAACUAGUUUACGUGAAAUUAAUUACAUUUGUAUUGUUGUAAUUUAUAUCACUUCACUAAAGUUAACCAUUACGACCCUACAAUUGUUGUUCUAAUAAUUACGUAUGAAAGAAUAAUGUUUUUCUAAACAUGGUAUCACAACUUUUUAUAACACUUAAUAAAUGCAUCUUGGUACAUUUGUAUGCUUCAAAACACAUUAAAAAAAUAAAUUUUAUUCCCAUCGAAGGCAGGUGAACUAAAGAUUCGCUCGAUAGAAAGUAUUUAUUAUCGAUCGUGAUUGGUAGCAUCUCUGGGCGGCAUGCAUAGAUAUGCCGUCCAACAAUGUUUUCGAAUUACGAGGGAUUUGUUAUAGCUUUGUGGGAAAUUUAGAGACAAGGAGUACGCUGUGAAGAAAAGAGAAUAAUACGGUGGUCCAUAGAUGAGAAUCAUUUCAAAUUAAUUCCUCAGAGCGCUCACAAAAAAAAGGGAGAGCACCGUACGAGUCCCUACCGUACAGAGGUUCCAAACGAUACUUGAAAAUGUAUAUUUACUACUUUAUUAUGAACCCCACUCUGAAUACAUAUAUUACAUCGAACCCAAUGACCCCAACACUCGUAACUUUUACUCUUUGACAUAUCGUAAUUUAUAACAAAACGUUGCACACAACAAAAGAAACAAUAUAGUUCCAUGGAAAUAACAACAACACCGCUGUACAUCACACUAGUAAUCAAAGAACACAUGUCUGUGUAGUUUGGAAUUUUACUAGUUACGAAUCGUACUAUGAGAUGUCAAUUGAAACCCGUUAAAGCCGGCUACGCUGAGAUACGCUCGACAAACAAAAAAAGAGAAUUAUGUAGCGUUUAUUAUCUAUUACAUUAUACAGUUUUGCAUACGACACGUUCAAAUGAAAUUUUAAGAAAGAUACUUACUACUGAUUUUAGUUUUUGGGGCGAUCGUGAUAUGAUCAGUAAAAUAUUUAUUUGAUAGUAUGAAUUCAAAAAAUGGUCAGAGUUGUCAAUAUUUUAUUAGGUAACUCUUUUUAGUUAUGUUGAUUUUGGUCACUGAACUUUUUAAUAUACGUAACAUUCUGUUUUUAGAAUUUUAUGUUAGUAGAAUAUUCAUCUGUGGAUAGUUCUUGAUUUUAUAUUCGUAAAUUCUUUUUAAAUGCGCCCUCAGAUUAUCAAAGGUUUUUCUCAGUUUGAUCUGAUUGAAAGAUAGAAUGAUUAAAUGUAUACUGCAGAUGGUAACUAUAAAAAAAUAUUGAUUCGUCUUUACAAUACCUCUCGUAUUAAAGUCACUGGCAUAUGUGGGUACACUUCACAAAAAUUCUCUUACUUAACACAAAUACCUUUUUACAUAGCAAGCUCGAUAAUUAAGUUUUUCGAAAAAAAUGUAAUCAUUUAGUAUAGGGAAAAAUUCUGAGCAUCGAUCACGAAAUAUUUAAUGACCUCUAACAGCUAUUUCCAAAUCACUAUUUGUACUGUUUUAGUAAAUACUUUCGAGUAGGUCAAGUCCACCUUAUAGAGGAUGUGAUGCACGCUAUCGCAUAUGAAGUCGGCUCGUGUUUAGUGUAGGGGCGGCCGAGAUGUGUGCCCUGAUAAUGUACUAUACGUCGACUAGCCCAGCAUUCAUUUGUUAAUGCCUAGUUCCUUCCGGUCGACCUUACUGAUAUCGAUACGUAGUGCACCAGAAGUUUUUACGGAAUUUUAACUCGACAAAACUUUUUAAAAAAUUGAAGAAACAUGUAAUUUUUUCAAAGUAUAAUAAUUUAUAAUAAUUACAGUAACUCUUUGUGAAUUUUUGUUCAUCAUCCAAUUAUUGUGUGUUGUUAUAUUUAUUAUCUAAAUGAAAGAGCAAGGUCAAUAACUCGGGUAACCACGGGAAUGUAUCACAAAAUCGAAGAAUCAUUCGUGACACGUCGCGUUUCUUGUGAAUUCGUUGAAUGAAUUGUUUCAAGAAAACUAAUAUAAGUAAGCGAAAAAUCAAGAUGUGGAUUUGACGCGGAUAAAUCCUGUUUCAACCGAAAGUUUCACAAACAAUUGUUGCUCCAUUCAAGCUUGUUACCCUUAAUUAAAAUGCUACUACAUUUGAGACGGGCCUCGUCUUAACAGUCUGAGCUCAGUUACACUGACGAGUGCACGUGGUUAUUAAAAAUAUAUAUUUCAAACUAAGUUGCAAGUAUUUACAGAUCAUCUCACGUGGGGUACUAUUUAUUAGACAAGAAUCGUAUUACAUUGGCGGUAUUACUACACAGUGGUGUGUUAUAAUCGGCCGGCUACCCACCCGCCGCACGUUUACGAAUCGCGUUCCUGUCUUAAAUAAAUAUCAGUGCAGUGAUUGUGUAGUGAAAGAAAUGGCAGAAUUGACAUUAAAAAAUGACCGAACACGGCUACCGCUAAAGUUUAGCUCGUUUUAUGAGCUUUACAAACGUUUCUUAAAAGAUCACGGCUGUAAGUGGCACGAUGUUUCUAAACUCUUAUCGGUUGUCGCGGAGAUACUUUUCGAUGUCGACGGUACAUGUAGCAAGAUUUUAGGAAAGGUCAGUACUUAAUGAGAUCUCAAAUUUUUAAGAUUUUCUGAUGCUAACCGCCAUUUCAAUAAGCAAAAAAAGUUCCGUGCUAGAAAACUGUGAACGGAGGCCGAGUACCCGACUUUUAAUAAAGACCUUCUUUACCUGCUCAUCCCUUAUUUUAAACACAAUGUACCCAAAGGAACUGCAUUUCGAACAGCUGUGUGUUCAGUAGAAAUUCCACAUUCUUGUCUCAAACGCGUGUGUAAUACUAGCAUUUUCUAUGAAAUAAUAAUAGAAUACUGCAUUAAUUGUACAUAAACAUCGGUCGUUUUAUUAUGCAUUUAUAAUAAAUCAGUGUUUUCUUGAUAUAAUAUUGCAUCACUCAUUUCUAAUUUCAGUAGACCAAGUUGUGUAAAUUACAAAUGAAACCGUACAUUUUCUUUCAAGUGUUAGAAAAUUUUUUUGAAUUUAACUAUCCACUAUUGCCAGACUAUGAUUUUCCGGUAUGUACUGAUAAAUGAAAAAAAAAAUUGUCACGAAAAACACUACUAGCUAUGACACAAGUGUAAGACCGUGUACUAACAUUCAGCGUACGUUAACCUCAAUAACAUAUUUUAAUUUUAUUACAUUGAAUGAUAUUUCGAAACGCUUAAGUAAACAAGCAAAGUGGAAAACAAAAUGUUUACACAGUUUUGUUACGUUGCUGCACUAACGAAAAUAAUCGUUAAGCAUGUAUGUGCUAUUUUCUGUGCAACCAUUGAAAUAUUUCAAAAUUUCAGUACCUAAAUCUAAUGUUAAAGUCGUAGAAUAUCGAUUAGUUUGAACGGCCCUUAAUAAAGAUAGAUAUCGUCACUUAAGGUAUUCAGUUAUUUUUAUUACAUAAAGUAAAAACAGAGAUUUUAUUAUUGUUCAAAUGAUACGCGUGUACUAGUAAAUAUCUAACAAUCUCGCAGUCAAGCAGAAAUAAACUCAUUUACAAAAAGAUAAGCGCGAGGUGGCGGCACGCGCAGCAGGCAUGUUAGUGUGUGACGUUUUAUCAACAAAUCUCCGAUGUAACGCCCGCAUCCGUUGACAAUCAGCCGGUCGUUCUUCAAACAAAUAACAGUUUUGUCAAUAAUUGCUAAGUCAAUGAAUGAAUAAAUAGUUUCGGCGUGAUCGAAAAAUGUCUCAGAAUAAAGAUACGUUAGAUGUGCGCAAACAAAGCAUCGCGAACGUUCGUUGCGUAGAACCGGUAUUGUUCUUCUAACCCAAUUACCUAGCUAAAUACCGGGCUAGGACUCGCCACUCACGGUCCGAACUCCGUCGCCUUCAUCUAUAUACCCAGUUACACAGCCAAGACAUUUGUCAAUAAUUUCCGCGCUUGAAGAAUUAUUUUAAAACUGUACUGUCCUGCAGUUACCCACUGCUAAUAUAUUGUACACGUCAAAGUAAUGUUGAAAGAAUCAGACUUAAUCUAUUUUGUAAACAUUUGCAUUGUUUUAGUUUUUUACUACGAUGAUGAUAUUUUAAAAGUUAAAAUGUAUUCUUGUGCACAAAAGUGCAGAAUAAUUUUAGUGGCAACUUGACAAACAAAAUAGUUUCGUGAAGGUGUGUUCAUUAAAAAUAAGAUAGGAAAUGUAGUACGUAAUGCGAAGAAAAGCUCCUGUGUCGGGCACCUCGGAGUGCGCGGGAGGGCGCUCCCACGGGUUGCCGAUAUUUUUAGUCCACGACCAUUACUUGGCACCGACGGCCGCGCUCGCUUGCGCUAGUGAUCUUUUUGAAAUUUGUUCGGUUCGCGCCUAGGUACGCUCUGAAUCUCUAGAUAGACCCAGUCUGGGACCGCUAGUGAACAAUGAGUGCCGCAAGCUGGGAAUAGUGAAAAUGAAAUCAUUAUGUAGUGUGUAAUCACUGUUUGAAAAUUAUGACGGUUGCAGGAUACUACGUGACUUAUCCUAGUUUAAAGAGUGUUAUUGUUUCUCAACGUUACUAUAAAAUUACAAAAUAUGGCCAGUUUAACCAGUAACAACAGCACGACGAGUCCACGGCGUCAACGUUAUAAUCGUGCGUCCACCACCAGUGUGACUCAGCUGUUGUCGGACGGCUACUCCAGUUUCAUUAACCGUUUAACGAGACGAGGUCCCUCUGAAAAAUCCGACACCGCAGUUGAUUCUAAACUGACGAUACCGCGAUCUCGUUUUAAUGAUAACUUUUCCAAUAACACUUCAUCACUUUCUAAUUUCCGUCGUUACGAUAAUAAUAAUGGCCACAUAUUACCAUAUUCAUCGUUGACUUCAAUGGCGACUACACCUAGUUCUAGGAAAUUGAAUGACGACCGUGCCUACUCCACUUACUUGGGAACAACAAAAUCUAGAAUUGACACUUCACCAUUGCGUUCUACGUCCGGUAUUACCACUGUCAGUCGUAGUGACUCAUUCCGCAGAGCCCAAAUGAAAGAUAAAUCAUCCCCGUAUACAAAAAGGUAUCCUCUAAAAGAAAACAACAACAACAUUGAACAAACAUUAUCAUUGGGUAGUACUCGCAGUCGUUUAGAAGAUAAAUAUUCUUCUGUUUUGGACCGAAUAGCAAGUCAAAAGAAGGAAAGAGCUAGAAAAGAUAAAGAACAUGAAAAAACAUUAGAACCAGAACCUGCUCUCCCGAGAGGUUUAAUGAGAAGUUUGACGACGGCCGUUUUUGGAGAACAUACUUUUAAAAGGAAUAAUUAUUCUCGCGAAAAGACUAGGGACAAAACUCCUUACAGAAAUGCGACUGAUCGACGAUUAUCCAGUCAUAAACAAAAAGAUAAAGAUGAAUAUAAGAAUGGCUUCGAAGUACUGCAAAAGGAUCACCAUUUCGGUAAGGACCGUGAUAGUGUAUACAGAAGACAUCAACGACGUUCAUUGAGGGCUGAGAAAAGCGAAAAUAGCGAAAGAAAAACCACAAAGAUGACUUUGAGACCAAUAGACAUAGACCUCCAAACUAGCAAUCGAGAUCUUAUUUCUCCGUUAGCCAUAAAAGAAGCUAUCUCUAAGUCUAAAAUUACAAAAACGCCGGCUUCGUCUCCGACGCGAGAUUCGGGUAGACAGAAACAAAUAUAUUUUCCGUCCAGUGACGAAGAUGACGAUAAAACCCCUGUUGGAGAUCUGGUACUGACCGAUCGUGAAACGAGACGCAAAGAAAUUCAGGGAUUGAUAAUGAAGUAUGCGCAUUUAGACGAAAUGUACGAUCGCAUUGGAGAUAAAAAUGAAGUGACGAACGACACGAGUGCCAUACGAAAACCGGAGCCCUUAGCUGUUGGAGACGUAGUAGCAUUGCCGCCGGAGCUGCGCAGUCGGCAUCGUCCCCAGAGACCUCGCCACCAGACGCGGCGCGCGGCAACGCCGCCUAGCUCCCGGGCACGCUCCUCCGUCAAGGACGACAAGGACGGACAUCUGGUCUACUGGCCCGGCUAUGUCAUGGGAGCGAGAUACAAAAUCAUCGACACGCUCGGCGAGGGCACCUUCGGCAAAGUCGUCGAGGUGAAGGAUUUAGAGCUGGAGCACAGAAUGGCUCUGAAGAUAAUCAAAAACGUCGAGAAGUACAGAGAGGCUGCCAAACUUGAGAUUAACGUAUUAGAGAAAUUAGCUGACGUCGAUCCGGAUUGUAAGAAUUUGUGCGUGAAGAUGUUGGACUGGUUUGAGUACCACGGUCACAUGUGCAUCGCGUUUGAAAUGCUCGGUCAAAGUGUAUUUGACUUCCUGAAAGACAACAACUACCAGCCGUACCCGCUGGAGCAGGUGCGCCACAUCUCGUACCAGCUCGUGUACAGCGUGAUGUUCCUGCACGACAACAAACUGACGCACACCGAUCUCAAACCUGAAAAUAUAUUAUUCGUUGACAGCGAUUACGAGGUCGUCAGCGUCUACACUAGUUCUAAGAAGACACAUGACUUAAGACGCGUGAAGCGAAGCGAUGUUAGACUGAUAGACUUCGGCAGCGCCACCUUCGACCACGAGCACCACAGCACCAUCGUCUCCACCAGACACUACCGGGCGCCAGAAGUCAUCCUGGAGCUGGGCUGGUCGCAGCCGUGCGACGUGUGGUCGAUAGGCUGCAUCAUGUUCGAGCUGUACCUCGGGAUCACGCUCUUCCAGACACACGACAACAGGGAGCACCUCGCUAUGAUGGAGAGGAUCCUGGGACCCAUACCGUACAGAAUGGCGCGGAAAACUAGAACAAAAUAUUUCUAUCAUGGAAAGUUAGAUUGGGAAGAAAAAUCGUCUGCUGGCAGAUACGUCAGAGAAAAUUGUAAACCAUUAUUGAGGUACUUACUGAACAACAACGAGGAGGCGCGUCAGCUGUUCGACCUGAUCGCGCGCAUGCUGGAGUACGAGCCCUCGCAGCGCGUGACCCUGCGCGACGCGCUCAAGCACCCCUUCUUCAACAAGCUGCCGCCGCACCAGAGGCUCGGACACCCGUUUACAAGGCCAUCAUUCCUUAGGUCAGGCCCGUUACAUGUUAGAUGCUUAUUUUCUAGCUUUUUAACAAAAACACAUGACGAGACAUGAAGCAGUUAGUUGCUUUUCAAAGAAAUAUUUAUCAGACCAAUAUGCUUUAUUUUGCUUUUCCGAUGAUCCACUUACUUUUAACUAUUGAUUGUUAUUUUUAAUAAACCGACUUCUAGGUUGUAACUAUUAUGAAGUAGUAAUGAGAACUUCUUCAGUCGAGGUUAUAAGUAAUAUUGCGAAUAUUUCAAAUUACCUCUUUCAAAGUGUAUCGCAAUGUAAUUAAUUAUCUUUGUUACUAACCUAAAUUAACUGAUGGCCACCUUAUUUAUAGUCUAAUUCUAAAGAACAGAACAUAGAGGGAUUAUUAAACAUUGUUCCUCGUUAUGAAGUCUGCUUAUACUUUCACAUUGUUUGCUUAGACACUAUGUAUAAUAAAUAGUUUUUAACAUUGUAUGUUUGUGUUUCAGGCAAUGAACGCGCGCGGUCGCACUCGUUGAGUCGGUGAGGGGGGCCGACGACGUCUUGUGAAUACUUUGUACAUAUAAUAAUGAACUAUAAGUGAUAAAUAUUUUGUCGUACGCUCUAAUUAUAGGAAUAUUUUGUUGUGAAUCGGUACUUCUCAAUUUGUAUUUAUAAAUAAUUAUUUCAAAAUAAAGACUUGUCAGUCUUGA